AUGAGCUCCCCCGGCACGGAGGGCGCCGGCAAGCCCCUGCAGUACCGCGUGGACCACCUGCUGAGCGCCGUGGAGAGCGAGCUGCAGGCGGGCAGCGAGAAGGGAGACCCCACGGAGCGGGAGCUGCGGGUCACGCUGGAGGACAACGACCUGUGGCUGCGCUUCAAGGAGCUCACCAACGAGAUGAUCGUCACCAAAAACGGCAGGAGGAUGUUCCCGGUGCUGAAGGUAAGCGUGUCGGGGCUGGACCCCAACGCCAUGUACUCCUUCCUGCUGGACUUCGUGGCGGCCGACGGGCACCGCUGGAAGUACGUGAACGGGGAGUGGGUGCCGGGCGGGAAGCCGGAGCCGCAGGCGCCCAGCUGCGUCUACAUCCACCCCGACUCGCCCAACUUCGGCGCGCACUGGAUGAAGGCGCCCGUCUCCUUCAGCAAAGUCAAACUUACCAACAAGCUCAACGGCGGCGGGCAGAUCAUGCUGAACUCCCUGCACAAGUACGAGCCAAGAAUUCAUAUAGUGCGAGUGGGUGGCCCUCAGCGAAUGAUCACCAGCCAUUCCUUCCCAGAGACUCAGUUUAUAGCCGUGACGGCCUACCAGAACGAGGAGAUCACAGCUUUAAAAAUUAAAUACAAUCCGUUUGCAAAGGCAUUUCUUGAUGCAAAAGAAAGAAGUGAUCACAAAGACAUGAUGGAGGAAGUAGGAGACAACCAGCAGUCUGGGUAUUCACAGUUAGGUAGCUGGCUUAUUCCCGGGACUGGGACUCUCUGCCCACCUGCCAACCCUCACCCUCAGUUUGGAGCUCCCCUGUCGCUCUCCCCUGCUCACAGCUGUGAAAGGUACUCGUCGCUGAGGAACCACCGUCCUGCCCCCUACGCCAACCCCUACACCCACAGAAACAACUCGCCAACAGCCUAUGCAGAUAACUCCUCUGCCUGCCUCUCCAUGCUGCAGUCCCACGACAACUGGUCUUCUCUAGGAGUUCCCACACACACGACGAUGCUGCCCAUGAGUCACAGCACUGGCACAGCUACCAGCUCCAGUCAGUAUCCUAACUUAUGGUCUGUGAGUAACAGCACCAUCACACCGGUGUCUCAGUCGAGCGGGAUGUCCAGCGGCCUGAGCUCCCAGUUUUUACGCGGCUCUCCAGCGCACUACACUGCCCUUCCGCACCCGGUCCCUGCCGCCUCCUCCGCAUCCCCCCUGUACGACGGCGGGGCACCCACGGACCUGCCUGACAGCCAGUACGAUGCCUCCGCACACGCCAGGCUAGCAUCCACGUGGACGCCUGUCACCCCCCCUUCCAUGUAA